UUUCGGGCUAUUGAAAUUGAACCGGCCGGUCCAGCCCUUAAAACCCUACACGAGUUACUCCUUGCAUCUCCUCUAUCACUCAGUCGCGAGUCAGAAUUCCUUGCCAAGGAGCCAAACAAGGAACAAGUAACCAUGAGUAAGCUUCAGAGUGAUGCAGUUAGGGAAGCCAUUUCCACUAUCGUUGGUGACUCGAAGGAGAAGCAGCGUAAGUUUGUCGAGACAAUUGAGUUGCAGAUUGGGUUGAAGAACUAUGAUCCCCAAAAGGAUAAGCGUUUCAGUGGUGCCGUUAAGCUUCCUCACAUUCCUCGUCCUAAGAUGAAAAUUUGUAUGCUUGGUGAUGCUCUCCACGUCGAAGAGGCGGAGAAAAUAGGGUUGGACUGGAUGGAUGUGGAAGCAUUGAAGAAGCUUAACAAGAACAAGAAACUUGUUAAGAAGCUAGCCAAGAAAUACCAUGCCUUUUUGGCUUCUGAGGCUGUCAUCAAACAGAUUCCUCGUCUUUUAGGACCUGGUCUCAACAAGGCAGGGAAGUUCCCAACACUUGUCACACAUCAGGAAUCUCUGGAGUCAAAAGUUAAUGAGACAAAAGCUAUGGUUAAAUUCCAGCUUAAGAAGGUUCUCUGUAUGGGUGUUGCUGUGGGGAAUUGCAGUAUGGAGGAGAAGCAGAUCUUCCAGAAUGUGCAACUCAGUGUCAAUUUCCUUGUUUCAUUGUUGAAGAAGAAUUGGCAAAAUGUGAGGUGCUUGCAUCUGAAGAGCGCAAUGGGGAGGCCACAACGUAUCUAUUAGGAAAGUUCAUUUACUUUCUGGGGAUCGUUUUUUGAGCAAGCAUGAGCAAGAAACUUUUAUACUCCAGACAGAGACAUUCUCUGGAAUGGUGCUGGAUUUUGUGGUUUUGUUUUAUUGGAUUCUUUUGUUGCCAACUUGAUCAAUUACAGACUUCUUGAUUAAUUUGGUAGAUUAUUUGGUAUCAAUUUCCUUUCUAUUGGCUCAUCA